GUUUCAGAUGGUGGUGAGAGGGGCUCUGGCUGCUAUGGCAGGAUCAGGGGCGUCGGCCAAGGCGAAAGAGGAUCUUCUCGCUGCGGAGCAGGCGCAGAGACUGCGACAGUCUGCGCUUCCCUGUCGGAUCGCCGCGCACCCUCCCCCCAGGUCCCUGCGAUGGCACUGGCGGUGCUGCGGGACUGGUGCGGCUGGAUGGGCGUGAACGCUCAGCGCUCUCUGCUCAUCCUGGGCAUCCCGGAGGACUGCAAGGACCAGGAAUUCCAGGAGGCCGUGCGGGCUGCCCUGUGGCACCUGGGCAGGUACCGAGUGCUGGGCAAGGUCUUCAGAAAGGAGCUGGGGUCCAGGGUUGCCUUGGUCGAGUGUGCUGAGUAUUUAAACCGAAGCUUGAUUCCUCGACAAAUACCAGGCACGGGAGGGGCCUGGCCUGUGGUCUUCCUGCCCCAGGCCCCCGAUUCUGAGUCACAGGAUAGACCCAAUUUCCCUGCCCAGCCCCAGAGACCAGCAUUGGUUGGCAGGGCAGGUGAGGCAGGAGCUGCAGAUGAGGCAGGAGCUGAGGGUGAGGCAGGAGCUGAAGACGCGGCAGGAACGCCAGGUGAGGAAGAUGUUGCACAGGAAGUAGAGGUCACAGGUGAGGCGGGAGCUGGAGGUGAGGCAGGAGCCCCAGGUGAGGAAGCAGCUGCGGGGGCAGCAGCAGCAGCCAUAGUCAAGGUGAGAGCCGGGAGCCGGCCAUGGAGGCAGGUCUUGCAGCGUGUGCUGGAAAACAUGGGCUCUCAGGGCCUGAGACCCUUCUCUGGGCUGGAAGAGCCUGGCCCCGGGGAGGAGUCCUUUGAGAGCUGGCUGGACCACGCCAACGACAUGCUGUACCUGUGGCGCCACGUGUCUGAGAGGGAGAGGAGGAGGAGGCUGGUGGAGAGCCUGGGCGGCCCCGCGCUGGAUCUCCUGUGUGGCCUCCUGGUGGAAGAUCCCGACAUGGCCGCACACGACUGCCUGGCCGCGCUGGUGCAGGCGUUUGGGAACAAGGACACCCGGGUGACCGCACGGCUGAAGUUCAUGACUUGCGCCCAGCGGCCCCAGGAGACUCUCUUUGCCUACAUGAUGCGCCUGGAAGGCCUGCUGCAGUCGGCCCUGGAGAAGGGGGCCAUCCACCCGGCCAUCGCAGACCAGGUGCGCGCCCGGCAGGUGCUGAUGCGGGCCCGCCCGAGUGCUGCACUCCAGAACAGGCUGAGGAGGAUGAGGCUGGAGAGGAGACCCCCGGGCUUCGUGGGGAUGCUGCGGCUCAUCCGGGAGACCGAGGCACCGGAGGCUGGCCCAGCGGGCAGCGAGCAGCUCCAAGUGGAAGAAGAGGCCCGCGUGAACCCUGGAGACCUGGCAGGUGCCCCAGCUGUCCCGGCCCAGGAAUAUGGUGCCCAGGCCUCCUCAGCCCAGGAGGUCGUCACCGGGGGCACCACUGCAGAUGGAGCCAAGGCCUCCCCAGCAGGUGAAGGGACCGCCCAGGGUGCCCUUUCCAAGGAAGGUAGCACUGAGGCCACCCCAGCCUGUGAAGAGGCCAGCGAGGCGGCUCCUGGCACUGGUGAGGCUGGUGAGGCUGCCCCUGAAACCCACUUUGCCUCUGGGGCAGCCCCUGCGCCUGGGGAGACCAGCAAGUCCUCCUCUGCCACUCAGGGAGACGAAAAUCCUCCCAUCCCUGCAGGCCUAGAUAGGCAGGGCUUCCUGGGAGUCAGGACCCUCAGACACCCCCAGGCGCCCCCAACUGCCCAGAUGGGUAGUGCUUCCCGGGAGGCACCAGGAGGUCCUGGCUGUGAGCCAGAGAACCUCAACCAGGCAGGAGACCAGGAGGCUGAGGGGCCCCCCGAGGAGGGGCUCAAGCCCAUCCCAGAGGACCCGGGAAAUGAGGACAGGGCUGUGGAGAUGAGCCCUCCCAAGUCCUCCUCGGGUCAAUAG